GUGCUGUGGAACACAUAUAAUGGGGUGGUGUGAUGCUGAGGGCGUGGGUUCCGUAGGUGGGUGGUCAGGGUGGGUUUUCUGGAAUAGGAGAUUUGGAACUGAGACCUUUCUCAGCAGCGGGCCUUGCUGAGAUCCGGGGAAACAGCUUCCAGGUGGCAGCAACAGUGCAAAGGUCCUGGGGCAGAAAUGAGCUUGUGUGUGGCCCAGGCCACGGUGGCCAGAGCACAGCCAGCGGGCAGGGCACCGAGGUCAAAGGGAUGUCAGAGAGGUGUACAGGGUUUGUAGGCCGUGGUGAGAAGUUCGGAUUUUAUUGCAAAUGCCAUUGGAAGCUGGAGAAGGGUUUUAAACUGGAGCUGGGGGUGUGACCUGAAUUCUCUUUUCAAAGCUGGCUGUGAGUCGUUCUAUGGAGAAUCAGAGUAGCUAACACUGGCCAUGAAGUAGGGAGGCAGAGGAGGUAGGUGUUAUUAUCUCAUGUAUAGAUGGGAAAGCCCAGAGAGGUGAAGUGAAUUCCCCAAGGUCACACAGCUCUGGGGAGGAGAAGCUGGGAAGAACCCCAGCAUUCUGGCUCCAGUCUGCAGUCCUAACCACUGCACCACCCAGCCUCUCAUGGUGGAUUAAUGGUAAAACUUAACACACCCAGUUCUGACUUAAGAGUCCAUCCUUUUAAGCCCCAUGGCACAGUGCCCCAGAGCCUGAGAAAAAACCGAGGCCCAGAGAGGCCAAGGUCUUCUUAAGGACACUCAGCUCGGCCCUGGCCCCUUGCUUCUGCACUUCCCAUUCCUGCUAAGUCAACUCCACAGCUGUUUGCUGAGUGUGUUCUAUGGGCAGAGCGAGGGCUGGGUGCUAGUGCUGGGGAAGGCACAAGUCACAGCUGCUGGUCUCUGUCCUCCCCAGAAUUCUUACACUGCUCACUUCACGGCAGGGACGAGGGAUUGGGCUCUCUAUGUAGCCUUUUGGGGCAGAACUGGGUUCCAGCCCCAAUUCCUCCCACUUUGUCCUACAGUCCCACUUUGACCUGGGAGACCCUGCCAAAUUCUCUGGUCACUAUCAAAUGCCCUUAUCACAGGGCAGCCAUGAGAAUGGCAUGAAAAAGCGAACUUACAGUGCUUGGCCCAUUACCUAUAGUUGGUAAAUGGUGAGUGAAGGUGAGUUUUUAUUUUAUAUUGCACCUAAUAUUGGCAUUCUGGAGUCAGACUACCUGAGUUCAAGUUCCUGCUGUGUUAUGUUAUUUACAAGCUAUGUUACCUUGGGCAAAUGUCUACACCUCUCAGUGUGGUUGUUAUUUCUGUAAAAUGGGAAUGCCGAUAGUGAUUGCCAUAGGAUUGUGUAGGGAUUAAGCUAGCUGGCACAGACACAGCCCCUUAGGAGAGUGGCCGGCUCCAGUGGGUGCUCCAAGUAUCAGCUGUGGCUGCAAUGGCUGGGACACUGGAAGCUGGCCUUCUGCAAGAGGAUAUUCAGACAGUUCAGUUUCACUCCUGGCUUCUCCCUGGAGCUUCAGGGAAAGCCACAGCAGGUCUCUGGUGCAGGAGGGACCCAGUGCGCUGUGACUUCGGGUUGAGACGCUGCUCUAGUGUCACCAACAGGAGCCUGACUUGCAGCUGGAGACACUUGCAUCCCAAACCUGGGUUCCCUCCCCUCCGCCUGCCCCCUGACUCUGCCUGGGAAUCUCUACUCUCCACAGUGAGGAGCUUAGAGGAUUAAGGGAUUUCCUCUAGUGAGGGACACCUUCACAUACAACCUGUGUUUAGACAGAUGAUUAGUAGAAAGGAAACUCACUUGCUCAACUUAAGUCAAGCCAUCUUAAUUUGUUCUCCUUAAUUUUUUUCUUUUUCUUUUUUUUGGGGGGGCUGGGUUGGGGUGGGGGACAAAGUCUGGCUCUCUCAUCUAAGCUAGAGUGCAGUGGUGCAGUCUUGGCUCAUUUCGACCUCUGCUUCCCAGGCUAAAGCCAUCCUUCCACCUCAGCCUCCCUAGUAGCUGGAAUUACGUGUGUGCGCCACUACACCUGGCUAAUUUUUGUAUUUUUGGUAGAGAUAGGGUUUCACCAUGUUGCCUAGGCUGGUCUUGAACUCAUGAGCUCAAGCGAUCCACUCGCCUUGGCCUUCCAAAGUAUUGGGAUUACAGGCAUGAGCCACCAUGCCUGGCCUAAGCCAUCUUAAUCUGAGGACCAGGCUUUACUGUGCUUCCUGUCCAUGGCCACUUCCAGGCCCUGGACUUUUCCAGAUGUUCAAGAGUCAAGAUCCUUUCUCUCCAGAUUCCCUACGUCCCCACAGUUCAUUUGUUUGUUUAUUCAUUCAUUCAAUCAUUCAUUUGGUCAACAAAUAUUGAUUGAACAAGUGCUGAGUAACUUUCCUUGGCAUGAGGGAGACCGCUGAGAAUAAACCAUUCCUGUUCCUUUGAGGCUGACUUUCAGGUCAGGGAGACCAAUAAAUAUGUAAAAUAUGUAGUUAUUUUGGAUGAUGAAAAGUGCCACACAACAGCUAUUGGGAUGACUUAGCAGAAAAAACAAGUAGAGAAGGGGAUAUAAAGUGCUAGAUGCUACGGGAAGGUUGAAUUUUAGGUAGAAGGCCAGGGACAGCCUCACUGAGAAGGGAAUGUUUCAGCAAAGAUCAGAAGGGAGGAGGGAAGGAGCCAUUGACAUGGAGGGAAAGGACUUCUCAGGCAGAGAGGUUGGUGGUACCAAGCUUUGAGUUGGGACAUGCUUGUGUGACAGUAGCAGCAAGGAACCAGUGUGGCUGGAGCCCAGUGAGAGCAGAUGGAUCCUGCAGAGCCUUGAAGGUCACAGUGGGGAUGUUGGCUUUUCUCAGAAUGAAAUAGGAAACUUGGAGGACUCUGAGCAGAAGAGUGAUGAGGCCUGACUUAGGUUGACCCAGGAUCCCUCUGGCUGCUGUGUAGAAUUAGUCGGCCAGAUGUGGCGGCUCAUGCCUGUAAUCCCAGCAUUUGGGGAGGCUGAGGUGGGCGGAUCACGAGGUCAAGAGAUUGAGACCCUCCUGGCCAACAUGGUGAAACCCCAACUCUACUAAAAAUACAAAAAUUAGCUGGGCGUGGUGGCUUGUGCCUGGAAGCUGAGACAGGAGAAUCUCUUCCCAGCUGAACCCUGGAAGUGGAGGUUGCAGUGAGCCGAGACUGCAUCACUGCACUCCAGGCUGGGUGACAAAGCGAGACUCUGUCUCAAAAAAAAAAAAAAAAAAAAAUUAGGUUCAGAGGUAUCUGACACAGCCCCAGAAAUGCCACGCGGUGAAACAGCCCUGGUCUCCUACCCAGUCAUUUGUUAAUUCAGCAGAAACUUCACUGAGUCCCUCUUGGGUGUCGAAGCAGGGCUGUCAGUCUCUAUCCCUGCCCUCCUUAGUUGAAUAUGGAAGACUCAUAAAGGAACUUGCAAUGUGGGCAAGUGAAGGGAGUGCAGUAGACAGUUGAGGAAGAUGCAUGGGAUUUCAUCUGGAACUCCCUCGGACUUUUCCACUGAAAGGCACUAAGCAAAUGUCGCUGUCUGUUGACAUAAAAGGUACUUGGGGACUGAGAUUAAGAAAAAAAUCUCAGGCAAACCUUUGGAAAAAUAAAGAAAUUGGUAAUGAGUAUUUAUUGUUCACUGAAGUCUAUGGCUUCAGGCGCAGUUGGAUCUAGAGGCUCAGACAGUGUUGUCAGGAAUCCUUCAUCCGGGAAGAUGGCCCCCAGUGGCUCCAACCAGGUAAACCACCAGCUUGGCACCCCCAGUGAGCAAACAGGCCAGGGUUGAGUCCCACUGGCCCAGGUUUGGCCACGUGGUAUUCGCCUCAGCCUGGGGCCCAAGAAUCUGCUGAUUGGUUGGAUGUGGAUCGUGGACACCACUGUGGGGCUGGGCAUGAGGGUGGAGGUUGGGGCAGUCAUCUUCACCCAAACCCAGAGACUGUGAGACAAGGGAGAGGGCAACUCCCACAAUGGAAGACAAGGAGUGGAUGCCAAGUAACAGAUGUGUAUACCUGGAGGUUCCUUGGGGAGGUGGCGCAGGACCUGGGACUGAAAAGGGAGAGUAGAGGAACAAAGGCAGCUUUCCCUGGGGAACAAGGGCAAUGCAUGUAGGAGGUCCAGCACGUGCGGAGGUGGAGCAGCAUGAAAGCGUGCAGUCUGUGCCGUGAGCACAUGUGUGGCAGAGUGUGUGGGGGAGGCUGGGGCCACAGGGUCCGGGAUGAGGCGAAGUGGCCGAGGAGUUAGGUCAGCCCAUCAGGAGCCUCGGCUGUCGUGCUAAGGUGGUGGGACUGACUCAGGUGAUGGGAACCAUGGAAGGGGAAUGUUCUUCCUCAUCUCCCUGACAGCCCCGACUGCUUUGGGGUGCUCCUUUCCAUCUACAGUCCCAUGCCACAGUAUCAUUUCACCACGCUUUAUCCCUUGGGGUUUUCCCUCUUUCCCCUCCACCUCUGCGCCUGUACCCCAGCUGUCUCCUAUCCCACCUAUCUCUGAUUGGCUCUUGCUGGAAAGUCAUUGCAGCAGAGCUCUUAAGGGCAUGCGUUUGGGAGGCAGGCAGGUCAGUGUUUCUGCCCUGAUCCUGUUGCUUCCUAGCUGUGAAAACACUCUGAGCCUUCGCUUCCGCAUCUGUAAGAUGGAAUGAUUGCAGCAGUCUCACCUAGGAUUGUUAUGAGGAUGAACUGAGGGAAGGAAAGUAAAGCCUUUGCACAGAGGAGGUCUCCAUACAUGAUACCUGUUAUUAUUACUAUUUUACUUCAUGUUUGUAGUAAUGUAGUUUUAUUGUCCAUUGCAACCUGAACCUGCACUGAUGUGUUUUCCAGUGGAACCUGUGGGAGGAACCUGUGAGUCCUUUGGCUGGGUUCCCUUUCACUGCAGGAGGAGCCCAGGAAAUGGCAAACAAAUCCUGGGCUUUCACCUCGAUUGCUUCACAUGGCCUGGAAGGACUCUCCUUUCUGGAAGAAAACCCCAGGAAUGAGGGAGGAAUGGGUAUAGUGAUACAUGCCUGUAGUCCCAGCUACUCAGGAGGCUGAGGCAAAGGGGGGCGAAGACAGAGCAGGAUCUGAGUAGCAUCUUCCAGGAUGUUUACCAGUGGUGAGGAACAGGAAGGACAGGCCAGCCAGGCAGUGACAAGAGCUUGUUUCCUUGGAGGGUAGGAGUGUCAGGGGAGAGAGAUGAGCAGAACGGCGGGGUGAGAGUGGGGGGGAAUGAUUCCUUCACCCAUGGAACUCCUCCCUCUGCACAAAAAUUGCAUGACAGAGCUAGGAAGGGACUGAAGCAAGAGAACAGAGUGAAAUCACAUUGCACCAGUUAUAUAAUGGGGCGGUCAAGAGUUUUGACUUUGGAGCCAGACUGCCUGGCUUUCAUUCUAGCCUCAGCUGCUUACGACUUUUUUUUUUACCCACCCCCACAGGGAAACUUUUUUUUUUUUAGGGUCAGGGUCUCCGUCUGUCACCAGGCUGGAGUGCAGUGUCACGAUCGUAGCUCACUGUAACCUCAAGCUUCUGGGCUCAAGUGAUCCUCACACCUCAACCUCUUGAGUAACUGGGACUACAGCUCCCACCACUAUGCCUGGGCAAUUUUAAAAUGUUUUGUAGAGACAGGAUCUUGCUGUGUUGCCCAGCUGCACUCACUACUUUUGACCUUAGGUGAGUCACUUCACUCCCCCAAUGAUCACUCUAUUCAUUCAUAAAUAAUAUCAGAGCCUACCUCAUAAUGUUGGGGUGAGAACUAAAUGUGGUUUUUGUUUGCUUGUUUGAUUGUUUGCUUAUUUUAGACAGAGUCUCACUCUGUUGCUGAGGCUGGGUAUAGUGACAUGAUCUUGGCUCACUGCAAUCUCCACCUUCCAGAUUCAAAUGAUUCUCCUGACUCAGCCUCCCCAGUAGCUGGGAUUGUAGGCGAGUGCCACCACACCCAGCUAAUUUUUGUAUUUUCAGUUGAGACAGGGUCUGUCCACGUUGGCCAGGCUGGUCUUGGACUCCUGGCCUCACCUGGACUCCUAUGCUCCAGCCUGGGAAACAGAGUAAGGCUGUCUCAAAAAAAAAAUUAGUUCCUGCUUCCCAUCAGCCACGUUUCAAGGGCUCAUUAUCCGCACAUGGUUAGUGACUAUUGUACUGGAUGGCAUAGGUACAGACAUUUCUAUCACUGUAGAAAAUGCUGCUAGAUAGUGCUGCUCUAAGAGAAAGGGAAAACAUAGGAAGUGUAACAUGCAAAUCAGUUGGGGGGAAUAUGGAACAAUUUUAUUUAUUUGGGAGGCUACCUCAGCCUCCCAGAGUGUUGGGAUUAUAGGCAGGAGCCACUGUGCCCAGCCCUAAACGUGCUCUUAAAGUGCUCAAAGCAGUGUCUGGUCCAGAGAAACUCUCCGUAUAUCUGGCUAUAAUAUUGCAGAUGUUCUUGUCAGGUCCAGGGUGGGGGUGCAUGACAUAGAAACUGCUGGAUUAUUCUAGAUGCUUCCAGAAAUAUAUACAUUUAAGUGUAUGAGUUAAAAAUUAAGAGUGAGCUGUCAAUAGGAUAGCCACCAUCCGUAUGUGGCUAUUUUUAUAUGUACUUAAUUAAAAUAAAAUAAAAAAUUUAGGCUAGGCAUGGUGACUCAUACCUGUAAGUAAUCUCAGCACUUUGGGAGGAUGAGGCAGGCGGAUCACCUGAGGUCAAGAGUUUGAGACCAGCCUGGCCAACAUGGUGAAAUCCUGUCUCCAUUAAAAAAUAUAAAAAUAUGCUGGGUAUAGUGAUACAUGCCUGUAGUCCCAGCUACUCAGGAGGCUGAGGCAGGAGAAUCCUUGAACCCAGGAGGCAGAGUUUGCAGUGAGCCAAGAUCACAACACUGUGCUCUUUUGAGUAAGACUGUCUCAAAAAAAAGAAUAGAAAAUAAAAUUAGUUCCUGCAUCCCAUUAGCCACAUUUCAAGGGCUCAUUAUCCGCAUGUGGUUAGCGACUAUCAUAUUGGAUGGUAUAGGUAGAGACAUUUCUCUCAUUGCAGAAAAUGCUGUUGGUGCUGCUCUAAGAGAAAAGGAAAACAUAGAAAGUGUAACACUCAAAUCAGUGGGGAAAAGAAUGAAACAAAAACCCACCCAUAAUUGACCCACCAGAAGCAGAAAUGGAGGCCGUCCCCCACCUGUCCUGACCUUGUGUGCCUCUGUGUCUUUAUUGGGUGGCCUGACCUUUGGUUAUGAACUGGCAGUCAUAUCAGGUGCCCUGCUGCCUCUGCAGCUUGACUUUGGGCUAAGCUGCUUGGAGCAGGAGCUCCUGGUUGGCGGCCUGCUCCUGGGGGCUCUCGUUGCCUCCCUGGUCGGGGGCUUCCUCAUUGACUGCUAUGGCAGGAAACAAGCCAUCCUUGGGAGUAACUUGGUGCUGCUGGCAGGCAGCCUGAGCCUGGGCCUGGCUGAUUCCCUGGCCUGGCUGGUCCUGGGCCGCUCUGUGGUUGGCUUCGCCAUCUCACUCUCCUCCAUGGCCUGCUGUAUCUACGUGUCAGAGCUGGUGGGGCCACGGCAGCGGGGAGUACUGGUGUCCCUCUAUGAGGCAGGCAUCACUGUGGGCAUCCUGCUCUCCUAUGCUCUCAACUAUGCACUGGCUGGUGCCCCCUGGGGAUGGAGGCACAUGUUCGGCUGGGCCACUGCACCUGCUGUCCUGCAGUCCCUCAGCCUCCUUUUCCUCCCGGCUGAUGCAGAUGAGACUGCAGCACACAAGGACCUCAUCCCACUCCAGGGAGGUGAGGCCCCCAAGCUGGGCCUGGGAAGGCCACGGUACUCCUUUUUGGACCUCUUCAGGACACGGGAUAACAUGCGAGGCCGGACCAUAGUGGGCCUGGGACUGGUGCUCUUCCAGCAACUAACAGGGCAGCCCAACGUGCUGUCCUAUGCCUCCACCAUCUUCCUGUCCGUUGGCUUCCAUGGGGGAUCUUCAGCCGUGCUGGCCUCCGUGGGGCUUGGUGCAGUGAAGGUGGCAGCUACCCUGAUUGCCAUGGGGCUGGUGGACCGUGCAGGCCGCAGGGCUCUGUUGCUAGCUGGCUGUGCCCUCAUGGCCCUGUCGGUCAGUGGUAUAGGCCUUGUCAGCUUUGCCGUGCCCAUGGACUCAGGCCCAAGCUGCUUGGCUGUGCCCAAUGCCACCAGGCAGACAAGCCUCCCUGGAGACUCUCAUCUGCUGCAAGGCUCCUCUCUACCUCCCAUGCCAAGGACCAGUGAGGACCAAAGGGAGCCAAUCUUGUUCGCUGCUGAGAAAACCAGGCCCCGUCCCAGAUCUGGAGCAGCCCCUCCUCAGCUGGCCCUGAGCUCUGCCCUCCCUGGGCCCCCUCUGCCCGCCCCGGGGCAUGCGCUGCUUCGCUGGACCGCACUGCUCUGCCUGAUGGUCUUUGUCAGCGCCUUCUCCUUUGGGUUUGGGCCAGUGACCUGGCUUGUCCUCAGCGAGAUCUACCCUGUGGAGAUACGAGGAAGAGCCUUUGCCUUCUGUAACAGCUUCAACUGGGCGGCCAACCUCUUGAUCAGCCUCUCCUUCCUCGAUCUCAUUGGCACCAUCGGCUUGUCCUGGACCUUUCUGCUCUAUGGACUGACCGCUGUCCUCGGCCUGGGCUUCAUCUAUGUAUUUGUUCCUGAAACAAAAGGCCAGUCGUUGGCAGAGAUAGACCAGCAGUUCCAAAAGAGACGAUCCAGCUCCUCUACCUGCAUCUUACAGACCCAGCUCCUCUACCUGCAUCUUACAGACCCAGCUCCUCUACCUGCAUCUUACAGACCCAGCUCCUCUACCUGCAUCUUACAGAUCCAGCUCCUCUACCUGCAUCUUACAGAUCCAGCUCCUCUACCUGCAUCUUACAGAUCCAGCUCCUCUACCUGCAUCUUACAGAUCCAGCUCCUCUACCUGCAUCUUACAGAUCCAGCUCCUCUACCUGCAUCUUACAGACCCAGCUCCUCUACCUGCAUCUUACAGAUCCAGCUCCUCUACCUGCAUCUUACAGAUCCAGCUCCUCUACCUGCAUCUUACAGAUCCAGCUCCUCUACCUGUUUUAGGAACAUUAUUAACACAAAGGGCUCAAAUCGCCUUACAGUCAAUCAGUGGCAAUCGGUUGCCGAAAUGUUGUUUAUUUUACUUUCUUAUCAGGUUAUUUCUAUUCAAAAGAGACCUUUACUGAUCCCUUGGGGGAUAUAAUAACAAAAAUUCACCUUCAGAAAUUUCUGUUUUAUCCCAAUUUCUCAGGAAUCAGUUCAUUCGACUUUCAGCAAAUAUUUUCAUAUGCCAGGCACUGUAAUAGGCUCUGGGGACAGACGCAUGACCAAGAGAGACUUUGUCUCUGGACUUAGAAGGAAGUUACAUUUUAAUGUAAAGGAGAGAGAUAGACUACAAAACUCAAAAUGCACAAAUAAGAUAAUUCAGAGUUUUUUUGUGUCAUGAAGGAAAUAAGACAGGUUAACUUACCAGAGAGUGAAUGGCAGAUGUGGGAGAUGGAUACAGUUUCUUUAGCUAAGGUGUGAAUAGCUAUGGGUGCAUUUGUGUUACAGGUGUGUCAGGAAUUUCCAACAAGCACGAUGAUGUUUUUGUGUAUCGGUUUUACUCACUGCCCUGUCCCAGGGCUUAGAACGGUGCCUGGCACUGUCAUCUUUAAUCAUAUCUCUGGCUGAAUGAAUGAUACUGAUGGAAACCUGCUCUGAGCUGAGACUGGAAUUAUGAGAAAAAGCCAGUGGUUUCAAGAGCUGAGAGAAAUGUUCAAGCAGAAGAAACAGUUUCAAGAACUGGAAGAAAUGUUCUAGGUGGCCAGACAUGAUGGCUCACGCCUGUAAUCCCAGCACCUUGGGAGGCCGAGGUGGGCAGAUCACGAGGUCAGGAGAUCAAGACCAUCCUAGUCAACAUGGUGAAACCCCAUCUCUACUAAAAAAUAUAAAAAUUAGCUGGGCAUGGUGAGGCACACCUGUAAUCCAGCUACUCCAGAUGCUGAAGCAGGAGAAUCACUUGAACCUAGGAGGUGGGGGUUGCAGUGAGCUGAGAUUGCACCAUUGCACUCCAGCCUGGUGACAGAGCAAGACUCUGUCUCAAAAAAAGAAAAAAGAAAUGUUCUAGGUGGAGGGAACAGCAAGAGCAAAGGCCCUGAGGUGGAAACAAGUUAGGGGUUUUGAAGGGAGAGACAUAGGAGGCCCAUGUGGCCAGGGUGUGAUAAGCCAAGGGACUAGAGAGGUUGGUUUCAGGGAAGUCAGCCAUGGUGAGGAGAUGGGAUGUUAGGCUGAGCAUGAUGACGGUCUCCUUCUGAGCAGGUGUAUCAGACCAUUCUCGCAUUGCUAUGAGGAAAUUUAUAAAGAAAUGAAGUUUAAUUGGCUCACAGUUCUGUACUCUGUACAGGAAGAAUGAUGCUGGUGUCUGCUCAGUUUCUGGGGAGCCCUCACAAAACUUACAAUCACGGCAGAAGGUGAACGUCAGCCAGCACAUCUUACAUGGUGGGAGCAGUGGUGCUACACACUUUCAAAUGACCAGAUUUCACGAGAACUCACUCACUCUUUCAAGGACAGAACUAAAAAGGAUGGUGGUAAACCAUUCUUGAGAAACUGCCCCCAAUAUCCAGUCACCUCCCCUCAGUCCCUACCUCCAACACUGGGAAUUACAAUUGAACAUGAGAUUUUGGUGGGGACACAGAUCCAAAUCAUAUCGGUGAAGAGUGACAGAUUUUUGUGUUUAGAAAGGUCACUAUGGGCCAGGUGCAGUGGCUCACGCCUGUAAUCCCAGAACUAUGGGAGGCCAAGACAAGCAGAUCACAAGGAGUUCGAGACCAGCCUGGCCAACAUGGUGAAAUCCCAUCUCUACUAAAAUAUACAAAAAAAUUAGCCAGACACGUUGGUAUGCACCUGUAGUCCCAGCUACUUGGGAGGCUGAGACAGGAGAAUUGCCUGAACCUGAGAGGCGGAGGUUGCAGUGAGCUGAGAUGGCACCACUGUACUACAGCCUGGGCAAUGGGGCAAGACUCCAUCUCAAAAAAAAAAAAAAAAGAAGAAGAAGAAAAAGGAAAGGUCACUGUGGAUGUAAUGAUGAGAAGGGGCUAUAGGAGGCCAGGGAAGAUCCAGGGAGACCAGAAAGGAGCUGCUGGGGUGUCCAGGAGAGAGAAGGUAGACAUCUGUACUGACGUAGGAAGCAGGAAGGAUCACCGUAGGAGUGAAGAUGAGAUUGGGGAGUGGAACCCCAGUGGAAGAUCCACUCCGUAGGGAAGGCCCCAGGCCCUGCCACGCCCUGAUCCCACACAUUCUGUUUCACAGGUUUGCCCUGAGCUUUGGCCACAUUCAGAACUCCACUGGCAUCCAGUACAGCCGCAUCGAGGUCUCUGCAGCCUCCUGAGGAAUCCGUCUUCCUGGAAAUUCUGGAACCAUGGCUUUGGCAGACUGUCUCCAGCGUCCUGCUCCCUAGGUUCCAGCUUGUCAUUUGGGAGUGCCCCCUACCCCAAAGGAGGUCUUUUUUUUUGCUGGGGCAAAAAGGAUUAAAGUCUGAGAAUGCCCAACUCUUUGUUUUGAGUCUCAGGCCCUGAGGGUUUCUGAGGAUCUAGCUUUGUGCCUCAGUUUCCCCACUGACUUGUACAUCUCUGCAGUAUUUAUAAUAAGAAUAUUUUAUGGAGUCUUGGUUGCACCAUGGACUUUCUCAAAGAAUCUCAAGGGUACCAACCCUGGCAGGAAGUCUCUCCUUGAUACCACCUCUAAAUCCAAAUGAGGAUAUCAUCUUCUCUAAUAUCUUUUUUCAACUGGCUGGGACAUUUUUGGGUGGGGGAAGUCUCUUUUUUGACUCUUCAUUUUUUCUUGAGACAGAGUCUCACUGUGUUGCCCAGGCUGGAAUACACUGGCAUGAUCUCAGCUCACUGCAAUCUCUGCCUCCUGGGUUCAAGCGAUUCUUGUGCCUCAGCCUCCCAAGCAGCUAGGACUGCAGGCGCAUGCUACCAUGCCUGGCUAACUUUUUGUAUUUUUAAUAGAAAUGGGGUUUUGCCAUGUUGGCCAGGCUAGUCUCAAAAUCAUGGCCUCAAGUGAUUCACCUGCCUCAGCCUCCCAAAGUGCUGGGAUUACAGGCCUUUUGACUCUUUUAUCUGAGUUUUAUUCAGCUCCUCUAAUUCUCUUACCCAGAAUAUUUAUCCUUUACCAGCAACUCUGCCUGGUUGAUAGGAGGCCUCAGCUCUAGUCCUUGGUCAGCUGGUGUCAUUGCAGUAUGAAUGACCGCAGGCCUCAGUUUGCCCUCAUGUACAAUGGGAAGUCUGAACCAGGUCAUUCUUAAGAUUUCUUUUCACUCCAGUGAACUGGAAUUCUGCAUGCUGGUCCAGGAGCUGCCUCCAGGAUGGUGCAGGGUGGCUUUGCAGAAAGGAGACUGGUUUGGAGGCCAAAAAACCUGCUUGACAGUAUUGGCUUUGCCUCUCAGCAGACCUUGAACUUGGGAAAAUAAUAACUCCCUCAAUCCUAAGUUUCCUCAUCUGCAGAAUGGGGACAGUUAUGUCCCAGGGGUAGAUUUAGACCCUAUUUCCCUUCAGGAGGGUCCCCAGCUGGUCCAGGGCCUGGGGAAUUUCUACUCAUCCUUCAUUACCAGAUCCCUCCUUUGAACCCUGUAAAGGGUCAGGGUGAAUCAGAUGGGGGACUGAGCAAGUAGCUAAGACCAGAGAUCACCUAAGGAAGGGAUUGUCAAGAAGCUCCCAGAUGCUGGGGAGAAUGAAGAGCUAACACAGGUGCUGGAUGAUUUGUCAUCCAUCCCUGCACACGUGGGUGCUGACUGAGUCCCCACGGACUCUGCCCCCUUGAGUUCUCCUAUCUUCUCCGUUCUAGAUGCUUCUCCCUUGUACCCAGUGGUGUGCAGGAGCUGGCUUUGCUGGCUUGUGAAAGCUGAUUGCUACAUUUUCAGGAUUCUUGCGAGUUGGUAAACAGACAUUUUUAACAAAUUAAUUGAUUUAAAUUUAUAAUUAAAUUAUAUUAAAACAAAAAUAUACUCAAAAUUCGUUAUCUAAUUUUACUACAUUUUACUAUCAUCUGUGCCUUUGAGCUAUUUAUAUGUAGUAACUCUUACAGAGACCUAGGGGAGACACCACGCAUCUCUCCCCGAUUCUCCCCUCAAUGGCAUCAUGUUAAUCUUUGGUUGAAAGAGAAAUACCUUCUAGCUCAUUUAAGCCACUGCUAUUUUAUGUGUCUGUUACUUGCAGCCAGACAGCCUGACCACUACAGAGGGCCACUACCAAAAUUACAGACUUGUCCAUUAUCUCUGCCCUGUCCUCCAUCCUUCUACCUUAGGACUAUCCCCUUACCUGGACUGCUGGGGAGAUACCAACCCCACAUUACACCUUGGUGAGCUUCUCUGUCUCCUGAGUCACCAACCUCACUUUCCAUUGGACCAUUCCAAGUCCCGUGUUAUUUCCUCCAUGAUACUUAUUUCGCCUUCUAAUUAUGUUGAGUGUCUGUGUACUAGGAUUCAAAUUAAAAUUCUUCCAUCUUUCCUUUCUAUCCUUUUUCUCCAUCCAAUCCUCCUUUCCAAAAAUAGUUUGAUUGGGAAUGAGGAUUUGAACCAGUAACUCUGUAUUUAUUUGCCUCAACAAAUUCGACCUCUACCUCCUCCUCAGCAGGUUGACCUGUUUGGGCUCCAUCAGUGGCCUCCAUGCUCAGCUUUUGGUUGGGUCAGGAGUCCUGGUGUUUGGUAGUAGGCAGGGAGAAGAAUGAAUAGGAAUAUUUCUCCCAUGGAUCCCUCCCUAGCUUACAGCUCUUUUCACCUUUCUCUCCAGAUUCACGUAAUUUCUACCCACUUUGUCCCAGCAAGUCUGAUGGUGGUAACCCUCUCUCAAUUACUCAUCCUGGGGCACUGCACUGUGCCUUGCGAUUUCCCUACAUCCAGCCUUCAACUUGGAAAAUAGAUCCUUUAUUAAACUUUGAGUUACCCAAUUUGAGUUCAGGGAUAUGAUUAAGGUUGCUCCAGUUUUUUUUUGGUGAGGGGGACAGAGUCUUGCUCUGUCAUCCAGGCUGGAGUGCAGUGGCGCAAUCUCGGCUCACUGCAAACUUUGCCUCCCAGGUUCAAGCAGUUCUCAUGCCUCAGCCUGCCAAGUAGCUGGGACUACAGGCACACGCUACCACACCAGCUAAUUUUUGUGUUAGUAGAGAAGGGAUUUCACCAUAUUGGCCAGGCUGGUCUCAAACUCCUGACCUCAAGUGAUCUGCCCACCUCGGUCUCCCAAAGUGCUGGAUUACGGGCAUGAGCCACUGGGUGGAGCCAAGAUUUAGUGGCAAACGAGUAUCCACACUAAGAAAAAAAAAAGGUAUUAAGUUAUUAAAGGAUAUUACACAGUUCAGUGAAUUUCUAAGAGGGGCAGAGAACUGGGCUUAGAACUACAUAGCCAGGACUGUGCCUCACCAUAGCAAGAUCAAGACUGUCCAGUGGGUUGCCUUGGCUACCAUCACCAAGCCCAGACAGAGCAGUGCUUCCCUGCCAAUGCUGAGUGGUAAAGGCCACUGCUAGAGACUCCUCUAUCAGUGCUGCCUCUGGAAACGGAAUGCUUUUCCCAAGGGUGGCUUUGCAUGUACUUGCACCUCUGCAUCACCAAUUCUGGAAUCAAAGACUUGAGUGGAUGCAUCUGAUUGGCAGAGUGAUGUCACAUGAUUAUAGCUUCCGGGGAUACUGGGAAAGCACAGUUCUGUCUUCUACUUGGGGAAGGCACAGGCUCACAAAAUUCCUACGGGGCCUUCACGCUUUCCUCAUCAUCUAUUUGUCAGCAUCAGCAAGGGCAGACAUUAGAGGUCAAGGGACCCAAAAGGGUGGAUGAAUAGGGUGGAGAAAGAGAAAGGUUAGGGUAUUCCCAAGCAGGAAAAGAUGAAGUACAGGAUCAGACAGUGCAGAUCCUGAACUGAUCAGAGCCGGAGGGCUGCCGACACUGCCACCACGUUCACUUGGCACCAGUGUUCCCUUGCCCCUGACAAACCUUAUCUUUGACCCCAAAGAGAAGGAUCAGAAAAAGAUGUGGCUCCACUUCCUGCUUGGGACUUUAAGCAAAGUGUUCACAGCCACUUCCCCCAUGUCCUGCCUUCGAGGACCAGCCACGUGUGAGGUGAAACUGGGGCUGCCGAGAACCCAGAGGAGCUGGACAAGAGAAGGUGGAGGCAUCUAUAGGGAACCACUGCCAAUGGAGGUCAGAGGGCUGGAGUUUCCUGCCCACUUGCCCAAGGCAGGAAGCACCAUGGAGCCCAAGAGUGACGUGAGAUACAACAACACAAUUAUGAGUUGUGGACCCAAAGGAAAUUUCUCUAAAAUAUCCAUUUUAAAAAAUGAGUUUAAAGUGAACAUGCCUAAGGCGGGGCGUGGUGGCUCAUGCCUGUAAUCCCAGCACUUUGGGAGGCUGAGAUGGGCGGAUUACUUGAGGUCAGGAGUUUGAGACCAGCCUGGCCAACAUGGUGAAACUCCAUCUCUACUAAAAAUACAAAAAUUAGCCGGGUAUAGUGGCGUGCACCUGUAGUCUCAGCUGCUCCGGAGGCUGAGGCAGGAGAAUUGCUUGAACCCGGGAGGUGGAGGUUGCGGUGAGCUGAGAUUGCGCCACUGCACUCCAGCAUGGUCGACAGAGUAAGACUCCAUCUCAAAAAUAAAUAAAAUAAAAAAGUGAACAUGCCUAAAGAAAAUAUUAAAUUACCUUUUUAUUUUCACUGUAGAAAAGAAUCCUGUGAAAUUGUUCUAAGACAAUCUGCAGCCAAACUGGAGUCAAACAGGUGUUAACAGAGGUGGUUCCGGCAGGUGGUGACGACGAUGAUGGUGAUUGGUUAUUCACUUGGAUUUUCAGGGGUUCAUGGCAUUUGCCAACUUUCUAACAUUUCCAAUUUGCAGUGAUUCCUUUUCCCACUUUAAAUAAAUAUUCACAUCCAUACUUAA